AUGGAAAUUGACAGCGCCCCAGGAGGGACUAAAAGGAAGGCAGAGGAUGAUAUCUGGAUUCCGAGACCAAAACAAAGGAUCAGGGCUCUUGAUCCCGAUGUUGUGAACAAGAUUGCAGCCGGGGAGAUUAUUGUUGCCCCUGUUCACGCGCUCAAAGAACUGAUUGAAAACGCUGUGGAUGCAGGCUCGACGUCGCUGGAAAUUCUUGUUAAAGAUGGAGGUUUAAAGCUGCUUCAAAUCACUGAUAACGGUGGUGGCAUUGAGAAAGAAGACUUGGAAAUAUUAUGCGUGAGGCAUACGACAUCCAAAAUCUCUACAUUUGAAGAUCUAUCGUCCAUUGCUACAUAUGGAUUCCGCGGCGAGGCUUUGGCCAGCAUCAGUCAUAUUGCCCAUCUUACAGUCACGACAAAAACCAAAGAAGCAGCUCUCGCCUGGCGCGCCCAUUAUCUAGACGGAAAGCUAGCUCCCGCGAAGCCAGGGCAGUCCGCGGAACCCAAAGCGGUUGCCGGCCGCCAGGGAACCCAAAUUACAGUGGAGGAUUUGUUUUUCAAUGUGCCAACACGUCGAAGAGCGUUUCGAUCUUAUGCCGAUGAGUUCAACAAGAUCAUCGACAUGGCAGGGCGCUAUGCAGUUCACUGCCAAGGUGUUGGCUUCACUUGUAAGAAGGCCGGCGAGGCAUCCAAUUCACUGUCCGUACAAGCGCAAGCAACAGUGAUAGACCGUAUCCGCCACAUCUAUGGCGGCAUGGUCGCCAAUGAGCUGAUUGAACUAACUGUCUCUGACGAUCGAUGGGGAUUCUCGGCCAAUGGCUACGUCACAAAUGCCAAUUAUGGCAUCAGGAAGAGCAAUUUCCUCUUGUUCAUCAAUCACCGCUGUGUUGAAUCGUCAACCAUGAAAAAGGCGAUUGAACAGACAUAUACUAGCUUCUUGCCCAAGGGUGGCCACCCUUUCAUCUAUCUCAGUCUGGAAAUUGACCCGGCCCGAGUGGAUGUUAACGUCCACCCUACCAAACGGGAAGUUCAUUUCCUCAACGAAGAAGAGGUCAUCCAGGCUAUCUGCAAGAAAAUCGAGUCGGAGCUCGCUGCUGUGGAUGAAAGUCGAACAUUUCUGACACAGUCACUGUUACCAGGAGCCAAACCAGUUGAACCUUUGGACGAGGAUGAUAGCGAUGCCGUCCCUAAAUUCACGACACCAGCUCUCAGGAAGGUGCGGCGAAAUUCAAAUGACCUUGUCCGAACGGAUAAAUCUCAGGGCAAGAUUACAGCCAUGUUCUCGCCUGCCGGCCCCGCUGAUAAAGCAGAUUCUCCUGCUAGAGCAAUGGAAGACGAACCGUUCGCGGUUCCGGAACCGAUAGAAUACACGACGAUAGACCGCGACCAAGUAAAUUGCCGGCUCAGAAGCAUCAAGGAGCUACGCCAAGAGGCUCGAGAUGAGAUCAACGAGGAGUUGACAGAGAUGAUCGCCUCUCACACGUUUGUUGGUGUCGUCGACGAGAAGCGACGGCUUGCCGCUAUCCAGGCAGGCGUGAAACUAUAUUUGAUCGACUAUGGCCACAUGUGCUUCGAGUUCUUUUACCAGCUUGGUUUGACUGACUUUGGAAACUUUGGCGUAAUCAAUUUCAGCCCUCCUCUAGAUCUCAGAGAACUUCUUCAGCUGGCAGUAGAAGGGGAGCACGAAUCUGUUGGGAUAACACCCGAAGACAACUUCAAUUACAGUUUCAUCGUUAAAACGGUAGCAAAUAAACUCAUCGAACGGAGAGAGAUGCUCCAAGAGUAUUUUUCUCUCGAAAUCACGCCUACUGGAGAGGUGGUUUCCAUCCCUCUUCUUGUUAAGGGAUAUACCCCGUCUAUCGCAAAACUUCCCCGAUUUCUUCUUCGCCUCGGGCCCUAUGUCAAUUGGAACGAUGAAAAGCAGUGCUUCAAGACGUUCCUCACGGAGCUGGCGACGUUUUAUGUCCCCGAAGCAUUGCCCACGACGCAGACGGGGGAAGUUGAAGAAGAGGACUUGGAGGAAUCGUACUUGGAUGACGAGCAGGUACAGGAACUGAACAGUGAUGAGAUUCUUGAGGAGGUGAGAAAAAGGAGACAGCACGUUCGAUGGGCUGUUGAGCAUGUCUUCUUCCCAGCGUUUAGGUCGCGUCUUAUUGGGACGACUAAGCUCAUGCAAAAUGCCGUGUUAGAAGUGGCGAGCUUGAAGGGGCUAUAUAAGGUGUUUGAGCGGUGUUAA